CGGUACUGUUCAAAGGGUAGUAAGGAUCCUAUAUCAAUUAAUUGACCUUGAAAUUUCACUACUCCCAACAAAUUAAUCCAUCUAUACAUUCACAAUGCCGUCCGACUUUCUCGCACAAUGUCCCAGCCUAAUCGGUCUAAACGCUUUCACCCGUCCUCUAUCCCCAAACGACGUCCAAUCGUGCGCGACAGUAGAAAGUGCAUUCCCCAAGCACGAGCGAUGCUCCGAAGCCAAGUUCACCUACCGUCUGAGCCAAACCCCUGAACUCUGCCUCGGCCUCUUCAUCCAGCCCCCCAACACCGCUAGAGAGCAGCUAAUCGGGCACAUAAUCGCCAACAGAACCCGAGCGUCCCUUGUAACACACGAAUCAAUGCUAAUGCCUGAUUCCUGGGCAUCCCUGCCCCCGAAUACCGCCGCUACGGUCAACGGGGAAAUCAUCGGCAAUGAUCCCCAAGGUACCAAUAUCGCCAUCCACUCGGUCGCGAUGGUCCCUGAAUAUCAGGGCGGGGGAGUUGGACGGGCGCUAGUGAAGGAGUACAUCGAGUACAUUCGAAGAUCUAAGGAGAGUAUACAGGCGGAGCGCAUCAUUUUGCUCGCGCAUGAUUAUUUGAUUCGGUUUUAUGAAAGUGUGGGGUUUGUGGAGUCUGGGCCAAGUGCGUGUCAGUUUGCAGGUGGGGGGUGGUUUGAUCUGGCGGUUGAGAUUUAAUGGGUUCUUCUAUGGGCUUGGGUUUGUUGGGGAUUGGAGGUUUAUACGGCCUGGAUGGGGAAUGAUAGACCGGGGUGUGGAGGUUGAAGGCGCAGCUCGGGCGAUGUAAAUAAAUAAUUCAUUAUCUGGUUUGCGCUCCUAGUAAGAAGCAGGAUAUUUCAACCGUAUUUUCAAUGAAGUAGGUAUAUAUCAUGGAGCGCAAAAAUUGAUUAGAGCAAG